AUGAGUGAGGAUGUAAAUACUUUCUGGUUGUCGAUUGAUAUGAAGAAACAGAUUGAUGUAAAAAAGCUAAAACGUAUAGAAAAUGCAUUAGAUGCAAAAAUGAAACACAUUACGGUCUAUUAUGACAGAUGA